CUCGCCCAGAUGGAAGCAGCAUACACCUCCCUCCUCUUCCAUCAUACAAAAUUCAACUCCUACCAUGCCUCCCGGUUUGCAAAAGACGGGCUCGAGCAUCCGCGCAUUGUCACUCUCAAAGGGGACCACACUGUUGGACUCCCGAUCAUGAGAUCGCUGAACGAGGUAUACCGGCAGGUGACGGUUAUU